CCCACUCAACUGUGGUUUCCUGCAGCCUCGUGAGACGAGUGGACCGAAUGGAGCACUCCAUCGGCAGCAUUGUGUCCAAGAUCGAUGCUGUGAUAGUGAAGCUGGAGAUCAUGGAGCGGGCCAAACUGAAGAGGAGAGAGGUGCUGGGAAGGCUGCUGGAUGGCGUGGCCGAGGAUGAAAGACUGGGUCGUGACAGUGAAAUCCACAGGGAACAGAUGGAACGGCUAGUGCGGGAAGAGUUGGAACGCUGGGAAUCCGAUGAUGCAGCUUCCCAAAUAAGUCAUGGUUUAGGCACACCUGUGGGUCUAAAUGGUCAGCCUCACCCCAGAAGCUCCCGCCCUUCUUCCUCUCAGUCUACGGAAGGAAUAGAAGGCACGGGUGGAACCGGCAGUUCCAAUAUCAACGUCUAG